GGAAUGUGCUGGUGGUGUGCUGUGUGUGUGUGCAGAUCUCUUCGUCGAGGGCAAGAUCUCGGCCAUGACUAUCACUGUGACUCAUUCGGUGUGGUUAUGGGGACGUCGUGGAGAUAUGCUCCUUUCUGGUGUCGUUAUGGGAGGCUCCAGCUGCUAUACUGUCCGCCUGUCUGUCCCGCUUCUCGUCAUUUGCCCUUCCCAGUGUUCCCUUCUCAGUUUGUUUGUCGUUUCUGUUCCUUUCGUUCGUCAUCGUUCCUUCCUGUGGUUGCCGGCCACAUCAUCAGCGACCACCACCAAACCACUCUAGCCACCCGAAGGCACCGCUUGUCCAGUCAGUAUGACGACUCCCGCUGACCGUGUGGGCGAGGUGUGUGCGACGUGUGUGGUUCCGUGUGCUGAUGGCACCGGCGGCAUCUGCGGCAAGCAGAAUUUGGCCACGGGGGGCACAUCCACCACUUCUGGGCCGCUGGCGGGAAGCAACCGGUGGCUGGUGACGGAGGAGUACACUCGACUGCGGCUUUAUGGUGAGAUCGACCCCAGGGAACCGCUGAAACGGUGAGUGAGUGAGUGAAGCGAGUACGGCAUCCAUCCGUUGAUGUUGUGUAUUGAUGCAUCAGUUUGGUGGAUGAGAUGCGUCGCUUCGUGAAUGACUGGAAGUCGUUCGAGGCCGCUGGAGAGAUGGACCCCUUCUGGCACCGCAAGUCGAGCAAGACCGUCCUGGCAGUUGUUAUGGUCGUCAACAAAAGCGGCCAGGAGAUGUUCUACAGGGGCAUGAACUCUGAGAUUUCCCUACCCUCAGGUACCAUUUGCACGAACCACUGGCAGGAAAUACGUGUGGAUGCCUCCGUCUCGGUGUGUGCAGGUUCCAAUUGUGCGGAGCGUUCGGCCAUAUCGACGUGCAUAUCGAAUUCGCUCGACGUGCGGCGCAGCGACUUCCGCGCUAUCGCCGUGGCGGAUCCCAAGGACGAGCUCAACCCAAUCGCACCUUGUGGAGUGUGCGACGAAUGGCUCCAGAAAAUACAGGCAAGGACGCACACAACACACGACACAGACAGAGACGGCCGUGUGGAUGCAUUGGUUGAUUGAUGAUGUGUUCAGGAGGAGUCCCCCGGGUUUUCGAUUGUGACGUUCACCACGUCCGAGUGCAACGAGAUACGCGAGAGAUGCCCCCGGCUCUUCCAGAAGGAGAUGCCGCCCUCAGAGGCCCCGCCGCAUCUCCGUGAGAACUGGGCGUGUCGGCUGUGCGCCUUCCAGUACAACCCGCCCCGCGUCGCAAGAUGUCAGCAGUGCCGCGAACCUAGAUUCAGAUUCAGGUCACACACACGCACACACUAGAACCAUUCAGAUUCAAAUUGACGCGACUGCUUCUAACCUGCAGACACUAAUGAAUGCGUAUCUGUGUGUGUGUGUGCAGGCCCAGGAAUCGUAAGGAGCGCAUCAGGGUGAUGGGGUUGAUGAAGAGCGACAUCAGCGGCGUCGAGUCGGUGGAGCUCGAGCGUCAGGUGGAGGCGGGGGUGCUCCCCGAGAUCGACAGCGAGAGCCUCCAACGAAUACUCAACGACCUCAGGUCAGUUCAAUCUCAACACAGACACGCGCGCCCCCAUAACGUGCAUCCCUCCCUCUCCUUGCGUGCAGGUCGCUCAAGUUCAUUGAGAAGGCGUGGCCGCCCGCCUCAACGCCACGGCACCGGGGGUCGGGAUGCAUGGCCUCGACGGGUGCCACCCUUCCCGUCCCGGCACCUGCGGGAGGGGCAGGCGGGGUCAGAUAUCGGCUGACGGCUUUGGGGAGGGAUUACUUAGAGAGGACGACCGAGCUCAGCGAACUGGCAGUCGUCCCCUAUGUGUGUGAGAGACAGAAGACUGCCUCUCCCUGCCCUUUGCGUGUUGCGCGUCGCCUCUUGCGUGUUGCAUGUCGUAUUCCCCGUGUCUUGCUGUGUCGAUUCACUGGCUUCACUGCAUUGCAUUCCAAAUAUUGGUGUGUUAUGUCAGUCCCGUUGCAAAUUAGCAGAUGUGGUGUGGAUGCGAUUACAAGUCUUUUCUCUCUCGCAUUCUGCACGUUUUCGUGAUCUUUUUUCCGAUGGUAACCUGUGUGAGUCGUGUCUUCCUCAUCACAUCGUCCUGUCCAUGCGAUCGCUGCCGUAUGUCGUGUGCCCGGGACCGUCCGCGGUAUGUGUUCAGUGAGAGAGGGAGGAGUACGCGCGUGUCUCGAUGAUGUCUAGCGACUGACUGACUGAGUGAGGGAUUGGUGACGUGUAUGUGUGUGUCGUCAAUGUGUGCCGUCAGAGAGGCCGAUGGCGGGCAGGCGAAAGAUAUUGAUUGUUGCGUUUUGAGCGUGUUGUGGUCGAAGAGUCAGGCCAUCGUUCGAUUCAGAAAGGCAGUGAAAAAGAAACAAGUACAUGACAAAGUCAGAGAAGAAAGAAAUAUAGCAAGGCUUAAGAAAGCAAAGAAAGGAAAGAGAGUAAGAAAGAAAAGAAACGAAAAGAUCAGGUAAGAGGGAUGCGAGACUCAUUGCGAGUUAUCGGUACGAAACUGUUUGUGGUACAAGUUGAUGACUGAUGGUAACUUGUGUGUGCAGAUGUGCGUGUGCAUGCCGUGUGGGGUUGCUACCAUAUGCUUCUGCCUGUAUGGUAGCACCACAUUUGACGUGUUGAUUCGUUUGAUGCAUUCGUGUCUACCCUGUCGAUUGACUUUGCUGAUGUCAGUCCCGUUGCUGAUUGACAGCAAAGGACGAUGUGUGAC